UCCUUAGUCGACCCGGAAGUGGGCCGGGGGCUUGGCCUCUGCCCGGCCUCGGAGCCGGAGCAGGAGGUGUUGUUGCCCUAGAGGAGUGGGGCCUCUCGUUUCAGUUCAGCUGCUGACGCCGGCAGGGCCAAAGCGUAGGGUCCAGGAUGCUGAAUGUCCCUUCCCAGUCCUUCCCUGCCCCCAGCUCACAGCAGCGCGUAGGCUCCGGGGGGCGUAGCAAGGUUCCUCUAAAACAGGGUAGAAGUCUUAUGGAUUGGAUUCGACUGACCAAAAGUGGAAAGGACCUAACAGGAUUAAAAGGCAGGCUAAUUGAAGUAACUGAAGAAGAACUUAAAAAACACAACAAAAAAGAUGAUUGUUGGAUAUGUAUAAGAGGCUUUGUUUAUAAUGUCAGUCCAUAUAUGGAGUAUCAUCCUGGUGGAGAAGAUGAAUUAAUGAGAGCAGCAGGAUCAGAUGGCACUGACCUUUUUGAUCAGGUUCAUCGUUGGGUCAACUAUGAAUCUAUGUUGAAAGAAUGCCUGGUUGGCAGAAUGGCAGUCAAACCUACUGUUUCUAAAGACUAUCAGGAGGAAAAGAAAACCUUAAAUGGCUUGCUUCCCAAGGGCCCAGUGACAGAAAUAGUUGCCAAAGAAGGGCCUAGUUCUCCAAGCUAUGACUGGUUCCAAACAGACUCUUUAGUCACCAUUGUCAUAUAUACUAAACAGAAGGAUAUCACUUUAGAUUCAGUAAUAAUUGAUCAUCAGGAUGAUUGCUUUAGAGCAGAAAUAAUUAUUGAAGAUUAUUCAUAUCUUAUGCAUCUUCGGCUAAGCCAUAAGACUGAGGAAGAUUCUUCAGUGCGAGUCGUUGAAAAUGUGGGAAAAAUAGAGAUUGUCCUCGAGAAAAAAGAAAAUACAUCUUGGAAAUUUCUUGGUCAUCCCUUGGAGAAUCACAAUUCUUUUACUCCAAAAAAAGAUGCAGGUAUGUAUUACAGAAAGUGCCAGUUAAUUUCCAAGGAAGAUGUUACUCACAAUACAAAGCUUUUCUGCUUGAAGCUGCCACCAGGCUCUCAUCUUCAUAUCCCAAUUGGGCAACAUGUUUACUUCCAGCAAACUAUCGGAGGUACAGAAGUAGUGAAGCCAUAUACUCCCAUGUCUAAUUCCUUACUAUCAGACUUCAAGGAGCCAACUCUUCACAGCAAUAAGUUCCUCUUCUUUUUGAUUAAAAUUUAUCCUUCUGGACUCUUCACACCAGAAUUAGAUCACCUUGAGAUCGGAGACUCAGUUUCUGUAAGCAGUCCGAAGGGCAAUUUUAAAGUAUCACAGCUUCAAGGAUUAGAAGAUCUCUUUUUGUUGGCAGCGGGGACAGGCUUCACACCAAUGGUUAGAAUACUGAUUUACACUUUAACUAGUAUACCCAGUCUCAGGAAAGCGAAGCUGAUGUUCUUCAGUAAAACAGAGAAUGAUAUAAUUUGGAGAAGUCAGUUGGAGGAAUUAUCAUAUAAAGACAAAAGAUUUGAAGUUGAAUUUGUUCUCUCAGCACCUACUUCUGAAUGGAAUGGCAAACAGGGAUACAUUUCACCAGCUCUUCUUUCUGAAUUUUUGAAAAGAACUUUAGACAAAUCCAAAGUCCUCAUUUGCAUUUGUGGACCUACACCAUUUACAGAACAAGGAAUAAGGAUGCUGCAUCAUCUUAACUUUUCCAAAGAUGAGAUCCAUAGUUUUACAGGAUAAUGAAGAAGUGUCAUCAUUUUUAUUCAACAGUUUUAUCUAAAUUGUGAUUGCCUAGGAGUUUUUAAAAGAACAUUUUGUAUAUAUUAUGAGGUUAUCGAGAAUUCAGGCUUCAGUUUGCUAUAUGAUAUCAGAUGUUCCUUCAGAACAGAUCACUUAUGGGAUUUAUUUUAUACCAUAACUUAUUUUACUACAGAUACUUGACCUGGAAAAUCAAUCAUGGAUUCUUUGUUAUGAAUCACGAAGCUCCUUACCAUUUAAAGUUGGUCACUAUUCUACAAUAAGCUCUUGUGUUUUAUGACAUGGUAAUGUCAGUGAUCAUUCUGGUCACGUUUCUAUGCUGUAAAAUGUCUUAUUAGCAAUACAGAGUAAAUUUUACAUUGUGCAGUUAACUCAGGAAAUGGUCAUUUACAUCCCUGUUACUGAUACUAAAACAAGAGAAUAUUAAGUUUGUUAAAUGAUCCAAAUAUUUUGUGUGUGUAUGACAUUGAUACAGAGUAGAAUAAGAAAAAAUACUUGUACUUUUUUAACACUUAUGGGAGAAUAGUGUUUAUAUAUAUAUUAUAAUAUUGGUCAUUGUUGAAUUUUUUUGUCAGUGUGUGGUAACAUAUUUUGAAAAGGUGUGAAAUUAUACUCCUAAAACAUAAAAGUCUUGUAAACCAAUGUUACCUCAAUAAAAAAAUAAAUGAAGGGAAUCGUUUAAAAUUU